GCUGAUCAACUGACCUGUAGAGUCAGAUCAUGUGACAGAAUGGAGGCGUCGCUGAAAACAUUCACCCGUUCACCACAUAUACACACACACACACCACUAGGAACCUAUUUCACAGUAAAUGGAUAAGGUGUUUGACACUCCCGGUCAACUCAGCUCGUAACAUUUAUUUCCUAACAUUGCAAUGAAAUGAAGGGAGCAUGGGGGCCAAAGAGUCGAGGAUAGGAUUCCUGUCGUAUGACGAGGCCGUCAAGAGAGUCACUGAUGUGGAAUUGAAACGGCUGAAGGAUGCCUUUAAGAGAACCAGCGGCCUCUCCUAUUACAUGACCCAGCAAUGCUUCUACAGGGAAGUGCUGGGAGAUGGAGUUCCCCCUAAAGUUGCAGAGGUUAUUUAUACCUCAUUUGGAGGCUCAUCUAAAGGGCUACACUUCAACAAUCUGAUUGUGGGUCUGGUACUUCUGACCAGAGGACGCGAUGAGGAGAAGGCCAAAUACCUCUUCAGCCUGUUUGCCAGUGAUCUCGGAGGAUAUGCUGCCAGGGAAGACAUAGAGGCAGUUCUGCUGGUCUUGGAUGGAGAAGUUCCAAACUCCCUCAAGAAGUGCUUCACUGAGGGUGACAAGGUCAACUAUGAGCGCUUCAGGAACUGGCUCCUGCAGAACAAGGAAGCCUUCACGUUGUCCAGAUGGCUUCUGUCUGGAGGGGUGUGUGUCACACUCACUGAUGACAGCGACACACCAACCUUCUACCAGACCCUGGCUGGCGUCACACAUUUGGAGGAGUCUGACAUUAUAGACUUGGAGAAGCGCUACUGGCUGCUGAAAGCCCAGUCCAGAACCGGCCGCUUUGACUUAGAAACCUUUGUCCCACUGGUCUCUCCUCCCAUCCAUGCCUCACUCAGUGAAGGCUUGUUUCAUGCCUUUGAUGAGAAUCGGGACAAUCACAUCGACUUUAAAGAGAUCUCUUGUGGACUUUCUGCGUGCUGCAGGGGACCCAUUGCUGAAAGGCAGAAAUUUUGCUUCAAAGUGUUUGAUGUGGACCGUGAUGGGAUUUUGUCUCGGGAUGAACUCCAUGAAAUGGUGGUUGCCUUGUUGGAGGUGUGGAAGGACAAUCGCACAGACACACUCCCUGAGCAGCACAGUAGCGUGUCAGACAUAGUAGAGGGCGUCCUGAAGAUGCAUGACACAACCAAGCUGGGGCACCUGACCCUGGAGGACUACCAGAUAUGGAGUGUGAAGAGCGCUUUGGCCACUGAGUUUCUAAACUUGCUUUUCCAGGUCUGCCACAUAGUCUUGGGUCUCAGGCCUGCUACUCCCGAAGAGGAGGGACAAAUUAUCAGGGGUUGGUUAGAGAGGGAGAGCAGACAUGGGCUUCAGCAAGGCCAGAACUGGUUCCUCAUCUCCAUGCUGUGGUGGCAACAGUGGAAGGACUACGUCAAAUACGGCAGUCCCUGCUGUUGUCUUCUUGUCCAGGAGUAUAAGGGCAUUGUGGUGGAGCAGCCAUCCAUCCUGAGCUCAUUGCGAAGUCCGAUGGCCACAGCCACUAUAGAGCCUGUCCUACCAAACAGACUGGGAGGAUUGGGAACCGUCAGCCCUGUCAGCCCCACUGAGGAAAGGUCACCUGAUGCUGUGUCGAGUGCCUCAGAGGCUACAGAGACUGCAGCCCUUAGCCCUCAGGUAGCUCCCUCUGCUACAGAGGGCUGUUUUGCCCGUCAGCACAACGUAUCUGACAACAACAAUCAGUGUUUUUCUGGAGCCAAUGGCCACCUACCCUCCCAGCUGGCAGCACAAAGACCUGGAGCCAUCGACAACCAGCCUCUGGUCACCACCGACCCCAUGAAGGCCCCUACCUUAACCAUGGAGGGUGGCAGGCUGAAGCGCUCCUUGCAGCUGGUUCCUGGAAGAGACUUUGAGACGGUGCCUGAGCCAGUGUGGCGAGCACUCUAUCACUGGUACGGUGCCAACCUCAGCCUGCCACGACCGGUUAUCCUGGAGAGCAAGACAGGCCAAGCAGAGCUGGAGCUCUUCCCCCGCUAUGUCCUCUUCCUCCGCCAGCAGCCGGCAAUGCGUUCCCCACAAUCUAACAUCUGGGUCAAUAUGGGUAUGACCAGCCUGCGAAUGUUCCCACCGUAUUUACCCCCACCAAGAGCAGGUAAUGUGCCAUCCCCCAACGCUCCUCUGAAGAGGGUGUUGGCCUACACUGGCUGUUUCAGCCGCAUGGCCACCAUCAAGGACAUCCACCUCUACCUGUCCCAGAGACUCCGCAUCAAGGAGGAGGACAUGAGACUCUGGCUCUACAACAGUGAGAACUACCUCACCCUCCUGGACGAUGAAGAUCACACACUGGAAAGUCUGAAGAUCCAGGACGAGCAGCAGCUAGUUAUUGAAGUCAGGAACAAAGACAUGAGCUGGCCUGAGGAAAUGUCUUUCAUUGCCAACAGUAGUAAGAUUGACAGACACAAAGUUCCUACAGAGAAAGGAGCCACUGGUCUCAGUAACCUUGGAAACACUUGCUUCAUGAACUCCAGUAUUCAGUGUGUGAGCAACACCAAGGCACUGACAGACUACUUCAUCUCAGGGAGACACCUCUAUGAGCUCAAUAGAACCAACCCCAUUGGAAUGCGAGGUCACAUGGCCAAGUGUUAUGGUGACCUGGUAAUGGAGCUGUGGAGCGGCACACAGAAGAAUGUGGCUCCGCUCAAACUCAGAUGGACGAUAGCAAAGUAUGCCCCGCGCUUCAAUGGCUUCCAGCAGCAGGACUCCCAGGAGCUGCUAGCCUUCCUGCUGGAUGGUCUUCAUGAAGAUCUAAACCGAGUCCAUGAAAAACCCUAUGUGGAGCUGAAGGACAGUGAUGGCCGACCUGACUGGGAGGUGGCCUCUGAGGCAUGGGAGAACCACCUACGCAGGAACCGCUCCAUUGUGGUGGAUCUGUUCCAUGGUCAGCUUAAGUCCCAGGUGAAAUGUAAGACCUGCGGCCACAUUAGCGCUCGCUUUGACCCCUUCAACUUCCUGUCUCUACCCUUGCCCAUGGACAGCUCAAUGCAUCUGGAGAUCACUGUCAUUAAACUGGAUGGCUCCACACCUGUGCGAUAUGGCCUGAGAUUGAAUAUGGAUGAAAAGUACACAGGACUGAAGAAACAGCUGAGUGAACUGUGCAGUCUGAAGCCUGAGCAGAUCCUCCUGGCUGAGGUCCAUACCUCCAACAUUAAGAACUUCCCUCAGGACAACCAGAAGGUGCGUCUGUCUGUUAACGGCUUCCUGUGUGCUUUUGAGAUCCCGGUUCCAGGUUCACCAACAUCACUGAGCUUACCCACACUGACAGACAUCACCCCAAUAGCCAACGGCGCAGCUGCUAAUGGGCACCUGAACCAUAAGCCCAUCCUCAUCCCUAAUGGUGGGCCCAGUACCAUGGUGCCCUGCAGCCCAGAGCCGCCCCUGUCUAACUGGGUCACCAAUGGGCACAUCACACUGGUGCAGGAGAGCCCUUUUAUUGGAUACAUCAUCGCCAUGCACAGGAAGAUGAUGCGUACGGAGCUGUACUUCCUUUCAUCUCAGAAGAACCGGCCCAGUAUGUUCGGCAUGCCCCUCAUAGUUCCCUGCACUGUACACACCAGUAAGAAAGACCUGUACGACGCCGUCUGGAUCCAAGUGUCCCGGCUGGCCAGCCCAUUGCCCCCACAGGAAGCUAGCAACCAUGCGCAGGACUGUGACGACAGUAUGGGCUACCAGUACCCAUUCACUUUACGGUUAGUGGGUAAGGAUGGAAGCUCAUGCGCCUGGUGUCCCUGGUACAGGUUCUGUCGAGGCUGUACAAUAGAUUGCACAGAGGACAGAGCCUCUGUCGGGAAUGCUUAUAUAGCUGUGGACUGGGACCCCACUGCCCUGCACCUCCGCUACCAGACCUCCCAGGAGAGGAUCGUGGAGGAGCACUGCAGUGUGGAGCAGUCCCGUCGGGCCCAGGCUGAGCCCAUCAGCUUGGACAGCUGUCUCAAGGCCUUCACCAGUGAGGAGGAGCUGGGAGAGGACGAGCUCUAUUACUGCUCCAAGUGCAAGACCCAUCGGCUAGCAACUAAGAAACUGGACCUCUGGAGGCUGCCACCCAUUCUAAUUGUCCACCUGAAGCGUUUCCAGUUUGUCAAUGGUCGCUGGAUCAAAUCCCAGAAGAUUGUGAAGUUCCCACGGGAGAAUUUUGACCCCAGCGCCUUCCUGGCUCCCAGAGACCUGGGGCAGCUAUGCCUCCACUCCCGCAGCCAGAGUGAGGAUCUACUGAGGGUGGGAGAAGACAACCUGUCUUCUGUCUCUGCCCCGGCUGGCUUCUGCAACCUCCCCAAAGCCUCCCCUGCCUCUAGCAGGAAGUCGGCACCUUCUCUCAGCCGGACCAGCAGCCCCUCCAGCAGCCCAAAGAGCGGCAGCGGAGGUCGAAGGCCAGGCCGGCUACGCCUGCCUCAGUUGGGCAGUAGACACCGCCUCUCUAACAGCAAGGAGAACCUGGAUGGAGUUGCUAAUCCUGAGGUUGAGCCACGGGAGAGUGCACCACAGGCAGACGCAGAAGGAAGUGCAGCAGCAGUGGAAGCGGGCCCUUCUGGAUCAGGAGAGGCAAUCGCAUCAGAAUCAUCAUGCAGUACUGAAGCAUCCAGCAGCCACUGCGACGUGGUGCUGGUGAACGGUGACAGCAACGGGCUGAGCUCAGACUGCAGCACUGAGAGCAGCAUGGACCCUGACAACUCACUGCUACAGCACAGAGACAACAUGUGUCUGGACGCCAUCUACAACCUCUAUGCAAUAUCAUGCCAUUCAGGAAUCAUGGGAGGAGGCCACUAUGUGACAUAUGCCAAAAACCCCAACGAGAAAUGGUACUGUUACAAUGACAGCAGCUGUAAGGAAGUGCACUCUGAGGAGGUUGACACCGACUCAGCCUACAUCCUCUUCUACGAGCAGCAAGGUGUCGACUACUCCCAGUUCCUUCCAAAGAUCGAUGGCAAGAAGAUGGCUGACACCAGUAGCAUGGACGAAGACUUUGAGUCGGACUACAAGAAAUACUGUGUCCUCCAGUGAUCGCACGUUGUCUUCCAUCAGCCAGCACUAACCCUGAUCUUUGCUCCCUCCUGCUGCUCUGAGCAGGAAGCACCAGACAUUCAGAUCAUUCUGAAGAUUUCUCACAGACUUCUAAUGGCUAGAGUCAGACUGUGCUCUCUCUCUUUAGGGAUGCAUCGCAGCACUUUCUACACUUGAUCGCAAACAUGGAUUAGUGCAAAGGUUUGCCAUGACAACAAAGAAGCCCCGGUGAAAGCACUAAACUGGUGCACUUUGCUGAGCCCGACAAAACAAACCCCUCCUCCCCUCCUCAUGUGAACAACCCUCGCCCUGACAUAAAUGUAACAUAUACUUGCAUACUAACACAUCUCUGAAUGUAUGCCAGUAUGGCCAAGUCAUGAAGUGAUUUUGCUUUGUUAAUGUGCAUUUAUCCCUUGUGAUGCCAGAAUGGAAAAAAAAAAAACAUGUACACUUCGAGUUAACAUAUGAUCUGAGCCUGGAUUCUGAAGAAGGAAAAUAAUGAAUUUUAGGUGUAAAUGCAAGGCCAGUGAUUGGAUACAGAUUAUGUUUUAAUGCCAAGUAUAAAAAGGGCCCAAGAGUUAAAAAACCUGUGUGUUGAUGUCAUUUGAUGAUACAGGUCAUCAUAAUGUUGAAAUUUGGAAUCUAGUAUACUUUUAAAAGAUGGUUCUCAAAAGGUUUUAUUAGCAGUAGUGUCACUAAGGAAAAUAUAAGUUACGCUACCUCAUCACUUCUUGCAGUCUGUCGGCCAACUGUACCCUAAAAGUCUGUGACAGUAUUAAUAAUAAUAAAUAAAUGCUUCCUUCCUGUGUAGGAGACAUGGUACACACAGUUCAGGAAACCCUUGCCAAAAAAUCCCCCCCUCCCUUCUUCGGAUACUCACACAGGUCCUGAUGUCCACAUGAAAUUAGGCGUUUUUGCCAAAACUUUAUUUCAUCCCGCAGCUGCCAAAUAUCAGUGGUGAUUUGUGCAAUGUUGACCUGUGUGUAUCCAUAAGUUCUCUGAAAAGCUCUCUCAAAAAGCUUGAGUAUAAUUCUUGGUUUGCUUAGGACAGGUGCCAUGAUUUCAGAAGAGAGAUGCUUAAAGAAUAAUAUACAGUAUAUGUUUGUUCCUUUUUUUCUUUUUCUUUUUCUUUCUUUUGAUUUUGAUUUUGCAAAUAUAUUGUUUGUUGUUUUUUUUAAGAUUUAUUGUUUUAAGGCAGGCUUCAGGAGCCACUUAAGAUCAGGAAUGGAUAUUUAUCUCAAAGCCACACUUAGGGGGGUCGGGCUUGUCACAUGUACCUUUUACCCACUGCAACUCUCAGCUGUUGAUACUCAAACUCAUUGGUAAUAAUAACGUUCAUAUCUUCCCAUAUAACAUUUUUUAACAUUACAUUAUUUAGUAACAUAAAAGAGUACUCCACCGAUUUAGAAAUGCACUCCUACAACACCACUGAUCUGACGAUCGACAGCUUAAAAAAAAAAGAAAAGGAAUCCAAAUCAAUGCAGCAGAACCAAAGAGAUCUUUUCUAUUCUAUACAUACUUCUUUCUUGUCACAACCUGACUUCUGCAUUAUCCACAAUGCAAUUCAGCGGCCAACAGUUUGGGUGGAUAUUCAGGUGUGUAAUGCUAGUAGCGGCUGAUGUAGUCUGGAGCCUUUAGACUCAAACGGAGAUGAGCAGGCUUCAGAGGUCUGUCAAGCUCACUUCUUUCUAACUCCACACACCCAUUUUUUUUCAUUUUCAGACUUUAGUCUUCAGCAACACCAACGCUGACUCAAGUGAAUUUGAGGCCGUUUAUUAGACUUCACAGAGCAUUCUCUGGAGCCACAAAAGGCUUUAUACAACUUGUUCACAUACGCUGUAGUACUUCCCAAGACCAGGAAACAGGGUCUGAUGUGUAAAAUUGGUGGAGUUCCCCUCUAACACGAGACUGAAGAGCAGGGUUUAAAAGUUUCAAGCAUGUUUUACUGGGAUCGCUGGUGGGUGUGGUUGUGUGUGGUCAGAAGUUCGCUUAGUUGCACCCUCAACCACACUCAACAUUGAUGGCUCUGUGUCUUGAAGUACACCUGUACAUCACUGCAGCCAGAUGAGAAGUUAAUCCACUGAAAGUCAUCAAAAACAAGAUUUUCAGGGCGUGUUAAGUUAACUCUUUAAAGGCCACUUAUAAAACAGCUUCACAUUUCCCUUAUGGAGCUCCUACAUAUACCUUUUGAUAUUUGUCUUCAAAACCCUAUUUUGAAGACGGCACUCUGCUAAAUAUCUGUAGAAGCUUCAGUAACACUUGAUUUUCUGGUUCCUAAAACUGGAUUACCAACCAGGUCAUGUGGGCAUCUCCACUGGGGUCCCAGACUCUCGUGGGCCCCAAAGCUUAUUUGAAAAAGUUGUAAAUUUGUUUGAUAAUAUACCAUUAAAAUUUAAAUGAUAUGGGCCUUAGGGUGGCUUCUGUGUUAGGGGGCCCUGUGUCAAAAUCUAGUUUUAAUACCUUUUAUUAUUUCAUUAGAUAUUAUAAUUAUAUGCUUCAUAUUCCUAAACAAAUUUGUGUUAAAUUCAAUUCUCAUAUACAAACUUUUUUCCCAUUUUUGCACAUGGGCCCCCUAAUAGGCAUAUGCAUUAAUCCAGCCCUGUCAGGUUCGAUGGACCCAGUAAUUUCCUAUAAGGAAGUGAAGUGUAAAUUAAUUGGAAGGUUCUGAGAAAGAACUACGUGAUUUGGUACUAGUUACAGGAGAAAUGAAGACUAUGUUCACAUACACUUUCAAUUAUUUAAUUUAAAUUAAUUCCUAGUAUAAUUUUGGCAAGAGGCAAGCAUACAUUUCACAUUGUAUGGAGAACGUUUCCAAUAUUAAAUUAAUAAUGAAUAUUUAUUUAAUAUUUAAUUUUGUAUUGUUUGACGGAAAUCCCGCUGGAAAGCAAAAAAUACUGAAAAACUCUUCAUAACCCCAAUAACUGUCUCAGAACUGGUUCUCCAUUUUCUAUAUGAUUAUUUGCUUUUUUGAGGAAACUUCCAGAAAAUCAUUAAUAAAUUUCAGACCCAUAUUGUGUUACCAAAACUUCUGUCCCUAUAAACAGGUCCACUAAUAUCAGUUGAUAAUCUGUUGAGAAGUAUAGACUGCGUCUGGACUGUGGUUAGAUCUGUAAAAGCCUGUCUACAUCACUUGAUCCAACAUUCAGAUAACUUUUUUCUUUGUGCUGACUUUAAAUACCCAUUUCAUGUAAAUUCUAAAUUUGGUUCCUCUUUUUAUUCAAAGGCUUAGUGUGACUGUUCAGGUUACUUUGAACCGAACAAACCCAUGUUUUGCUGUGUGGAGUCCAGCGGCAGUGUAGUCUGCAGUAUGUGUGGAGCUCCUCCUUAGACUGAGCCCUGUCUUAUCACUGUGAACGGACACCAGACAGUCAGUGGCUCCUGAUGAUUUCUCUGUGUUCACCCCUUUUAAGCUGCUGUAUUUAUGAGAAGAUGGUGUCAUGGAUGUAUUUGGAGAGAGAUGUCACUGAAUGAAACAUUUUUUUCCUUUGCAAAGAGUAUGUUUGUUGAACAAAUGGAAAUGUACAUAUGAGUGCUAUUUAUGUUUGCUUGCCCAGCCCUUUUUCUCCUCCAUCCUAAUGCCUUUGCACCAAGCUGUAGACAAAGUCCAGCUUGUGCCCAUGUUUUUCAUCACAUGGCUCAAAAAGGGGAAAUUUAUCUCUUGAGUACCCAAUUGGUAACGCUGGGUUCAUUUUAAGGUGCAAUAGCUGUCAACUUAUUUUCCUCUUCCUUGGCUGUGAAUGUGCCCUCAAACAACUACUUGUGUUAUGCUAAGCUUACUACACCUGUGGCAUACACUGUAUUAGCAAAUACAAUGUUUAAAGUUGGGGUUCACUUCAACACAAUGUCUGAGUCCAGGAACAAAGCUUUUCUGGCCCACAGAACUGAACUUUGAUGCUGAAAAUGGGCAAACAUUGAUCCUGUAAAACAGUGCUAAUAUCUGAAACCCCUCCCUUCUCCAGAGGCCCUGCCCCCACCUGUCCCCACCCACCAGAAGAAUAGUUCAGUGUUGCAGGCAGUGCAAUCUACUACUGAGCUGUCUGUCAGUGUCUGUAGCCUCUUUUUAUUUAAGUUAAUUUCUGUUGGAUCUGAACCAGACGUGUUAAUUUAAAGAGCUUUGUAAGGUGUUUGUUGAAAGAAAGUGACAUUGCACUGACAUGAAAACAUGUACAUAAAAUGUGUUUUGUAAAUAAGUGAAUGAAAACUAUGUAUUUGAAUAUGAACUGUACAAAAUACUGUACUUGUAGUUGUAUAUGGAGUGAUACCAUUGAUCUGUAACAAAAUACCCAAGCAACAAAUUAAAUUCUACAGAGGAAACAA